AGACGGGGGAGUAGGAAUCGCGGAACUAGCCACUGGAGGCCUUCAGAGGGAUGCUUCCAGUAGGGAAAUGAGAACCAAAAGAUGAAAAGGAGAUGGAGUCUCGCUCUAUGGCCCAGGCUGGAGUGCAGUGGCGUGAUCUCGGCUCACCGCAACCUCUGCCUUCCGGUUCAAGCGAUUCUCCUGCCUCAGUCUUCCUAGUAACUGGGAUUACAGGGGCCUGUUAUUUCCCCAGAGCCUCCUCCCAGGCCAGGGAGAUGCCACAGUGCCCGACUUUGGAAAGCCAGGAAGGGGCAAACUCAGAAGAGAAGGGGGACAGUUCCAAAGAAGAUCCAAAAGAAACCGUCGCGCUGGCUUUUGUGAGAGAGAACCCAGGGGCACAAAACGGACUUCAGAAUGCCCAGCAGCAAGGCAAGAAGAAGAGGAAGAAAAAGAGGUUAGGAUUGAAAGCUGGGGAAUAGGGAUCCAUGUUGGUAAGAACAGGAAGGACCUGGAGGGAAGGGGGUCUUGGCUGAUGAUGAGAGAGUAAAGGAGAAACUGUGUGCUGAGACUGUCAACAUCUCACCACUUUUGGUUCAUAUAAAAAGAAUCUACUUUCGAUGAUCUGUUUUAUAGAAUCAAAUGAUUGUGUGUGUAAUCUAAAAAACCACGCCUUGUCCUAAUUUUCAUUCUAUUUGUGUUUAGGAUGCCUUUAAAAAAUAGCAGGAAGAGAAGAUUUCCUUGUUUUAAGAAGGCGCUUAUUUGUCCUGGAAAUUUAGUACACCUUCAAUAUGAUAGCACCAUACUGACUUAUCAGGAUCCAACUGCAGCUUGUGCAUUCUGGUUCUUGUUUAAUAUUUCACCUUGCCUUGCUCCAUUCAGACUGAUUGAUGAAGGAAAGCUUGUCCACUUUCUUAUUCAUAGCUUCCCUUAAUGGGGGGAAGAGGAAGGAGACAAGUAUUUUGGCCAAAAAUAUUUUCAAUUCCUGUCCCUGAUGAGCCAGUGGAGUAAAAGGCUUGAGGCAAUGAUGUUAGUGAGAAGCUGCAAGCAAGAUCAGCUGUAAUUGCCAUACAGAAUUUCUACCUUCUGUGUAGUACCCUGAUGCCAUGUUUUCCACCAUGCUGUACCCCUGUAGACUCGUGUCCUCAGCAACAGGGAUGGUCAAACCAGGCUUAGCAUGGCAGGCUAGAUUUCAGACAGCUCCACCUGGGACAGGAUGUUUCUGGGUACAGUCACUUGUUCCAGCAAGUGUGUCUCUGUCUUGCUGCUUUCCUUUUUCUCUUUUCCAGAUGAUUGGUGAUCAAUCUAUCCAGCUGCCGGUAUGAGAGUGUGCGCAGGGCUGCCCAACAGUACGGCCUUAGAGAGGGAGGGGAAGACGAUGACUGGACUCUCUAUUGGACAGAUUACUCGGUGUCACUGGAGCGGGUGAUGGAAAUGAAAAGUUACCAGAAGAUCAAUCACUUCCCCGGGAUGAGUGAAAUCUGCCGGAAGGACUUGCUGGCCAGGAAUAUGAGCCGCAUGUUAAAGAUGUUCCCUAAAGAUUUCCACUUUUUCCCUAGGACCUGGUGUCUUCCUGCUGACUGGGGAGAUUUGCAGACCUACAGCAGGUCAAGAAAAAAUAAGACAUACAUUUGUAAGCCGGAUUCGGGCUGCCAAGGGAAAGGUAUAUUCAUCACCCGGACAGUGAAAGAAAUCAAACCAGGGGAGGAUAUGAUCUGUCAGCUCUAUAUUUCAAAGCCCUUUAUCAUUGAUGGGUUUAAGUUUGACCUACGGAUUUAUGUACUGGUGACAUCCUGUGACCCUCUCAGAAUUUUUGUGUACAAUGAAGGACUGGCCCGCUUUGCAACGACCUCUUACUCCCGCCCUUGCACAGACAACCUGGAUGAUAUCUGCAUGCACCUGACUAAUUAUUCCAUUAAUAAGCACAGUUCAAAUUUCAGUCGAGACGCUCAUUCUGGCAGUAAGAGGAAGCUCUCUACCUUCAAUGCAUACAUGGAGGACCACAGCUACAACGUGGAGCAGAUAUGGAGGGAUAUUGAGGACGUCAUCAUCAAGACCCUCAUCUCGGCCCACCCCAUCAUCAGGCAUAACUACCACACCUGCUUCCCCAACCACACACUCAACAGCGCCUGCUUUGAGAUCCUGGGCUUUGACAUUUUGCUGGACCGCAAACUCAAACCCUGGCUGCUGGAGGUCAACCACUCUCCAAGCUUCUCCACCGACUCUCGGUUGGAUAAAGAGGUGAAAGAUGGUCUGCUGUAUGACACCUUAGUCCUGAUCAACCUGGAAAGUUGUGACAAGAAGAAAGUCUUGGAGGAGGAGAGACAACGGGGGCAGUUCCUGCAGCAGUGUUGUUCUCGGGAGAUGAGGACUGAGGAAGCCAAGGGUUUCCGGGCUGUGCAGUCAAAGAAAACUGAAACGUAUGAGAAGGAAAACUGUGGAGGGUUCCGACUGAUUUAUCCCAGUCUGAAUUCGGAGAAGUAUGAGAAGUUUUUCCAGGACAACAACUCCCUCUUCCAGAAUACUGUUGCUUCCAGGGCUCGGGAGGAGUAUGCCCGGCAACUGAUCCAGGAGCUGAGACUAAAACGGGAGAAAAAGCCCUUCCAAAUGAAGAAGAAGGUAGAGAUGUGGGGGGAAUCGGCAGGCAAGCAAGUGAGGAAGAAGGGCAUGAGGGGCUGGCAACAGAAACAACAGCAGAAAGACAAGGCCGCCACCCAAGCCUCCAAACAGUACAUCCAGCCAUUGACAUUAGUGUCCUACACACCUGACUUGCUCUUGAGUGUCAGAGAUGAAAGGAAAAAUGAAACAGACAGCAGCCUCAACCAGGAGGCCUCCACGAAGGAGGCCGGCCCUAUUUUCCCCAAGCUGACGUCUGCGAGGCCCUUCAGUUCUGUACCCGACCUGAGGAAUAUCAAUCUCAGCAGCUCCAAGUUGGAGCCCAGUAAACCCAACUUCAGCAUCAAGGAGGCCAGGUCUGCCUCUGCAGUGAACGUAUUCACUGGCACUGUGCACUUAACCUCCGUAGAAACCACCCCAGAAUCUACCACCCAACUCUCAAUCUCCCCAAAGUCUCCGCCAAUCCUGGCUGUGACCGCCAGCUCUGAGUACAGUGGCCCAGAGACGGACAGGGUGGUAUCCUUUAAAUGCAAGAAGCAGCAGACCCCUCCACACUUAACCCAGAAGAAAAUGGUGAAACCUUUUCUGCCCACAAAAUCCAAGAGCUUCUGGGGGAGUCCGAACACAAACUGGACUUUGCUAAAGAGUGACAUGAACAAGCCACAUUUGAUAUCCGAGCUACUCACCAAGCUUCAACUGAGUGGGAAGCUCUCCUUCUUCCCAGCUCACUACAACCCCAAGCUGGGGAUGAAUAACCUGUCACAAAACCCCUCCCUGCCUGGGGAGUGCCACUCCCGCAGUGACAGCUCUGGCGAGAAGAGGCAGCUGGAUGUGUCCUCCCUCCUCUUGCAGAGUCCUCAGAGCUAUAAUGUUACUCUGAGGGACCUCCUGGUGAUUGCCACUCCAGCCCGACUGGAUCCAAGGCCUUGUAGAAGCCACACAAGUGCUAUGAGGGAUCCGUGUAUGCAGGAUCAAGAAGCAUACAGCCAUUGCCUGAUCUCUGGCCAAAAAGGAUGUGAGAGGAGCUAGGCAGGC